AUGGCAUCACACAGUGGACCAGUGCAUACGCACCGUCUCAUUACUCUCAUUUUGAGCGUAAUCUUCAGCAUCAUCGUCAUGGGCUUGCUCGCCAAUAUCACCCACCGAACGCUCGGGUUCCGUAGUGCCACCAACUGGCAAAUUCUAGGUCUCGUGAUAUCCUCCUUGACGAUCCUCGUCUUCCCCUUGAUGCUGGUGGCCUCCGGCGCGAUUCAUGUCAUCACAGAGCUCAUCCUCACCAUGAUCUUAUUCAUUGUAUGGGUCGUCUCGUCUGCAAUGAUCAUUCACGCAAGGCGAAACAACUUUGGUGGUGUCGGCUGUGGUUUCUUCCGCUUCUUCAGCAUCUCCAGCCUUUGCUCCCAGUUGACGGCCGCCGAAGCCUUCUCAAUCAUCAUUUGGAUUCUUCUUCUGUUCUACAUCAUCCACCUUCUCGCAUACGGCAUGAGCUCAAAGUCUCGCGCCGACGGACGAAGCUCCUGGUCCCGACGAAUGAGCGAGAAAGGAGCGUACCACGAUGAAUCCGGAGUCGCUACUGGCAACACUGGUGCACCCGCCACAACCGGAGUGAACACCUACCCAGCCACCGCUCCCGCUUAA